GUCACAACAGAACACAUCAAGGAGACGAGGAGAGUAGAUAAGGUCAUCCAUUUUAGCGAACUUAUCUGCUGGUCAGGAAUCAGACAAUUAGGACCAGAUUGUGCGUUGUGAUACCAUGGCGGAGGAUAUGUGGACCAUAAAUCUUGUAUGCGAUGGGGCUGAUGAAGGACAUAAACGUGUGCAAAAGGAAAUGGAUAAAGAUGAGAUAUGCUACUUCAACUUGAUGGAAAUGAUCGAGCAUUAUGGGUACACAUCAGUUGACUAUAUAUACUACAGAAGAAAAGAUGGCCUUGUUGCAAUAGAACAAGAUCCUCAGGUCAUGGACAUGCUUGCUGAGUGUGAGAGCCAAAAGAUGGUUAGCUUGUUUGUGACAAAGCAAAGACUGGCCACAUUAGCGCCUACCAAUUCCAACAAAGAACCAUCCAAAUCUAAAUCAAAUAAAACCAAAGUCAAGGUGCCCGGUGCCCGUGCUCCAGUGGCUAUGGCAAGGGGUAGAAGGAAACAGAUAAUUCAGAGUCAUGAAGAAUAUUUGUCAGAAGAGCAUAUUGGACAAGAGAGCCAUGGGCAAAAUACUGAGGCAUCUGAACUCCAUUCAAGUGCUAGAGGAGAUCAGAUCGAUGGUGAUGGUGAUAUCGAGGUUAAUUUCCAUGAUGAAAGUGAAGACAGAGUAAAGCGUGGAAAGACAAAACUGAAAGAUAUUUGGAACCUUCCAAAAGGUCAUAGAAUCGUGGUUAGAUGCAAUGAGCUGGAUCAACCAAUUGGAGUAGAGGCUGGGUUUCUAGGAAAAUUUCUUGGCAUGGUUGCUAGGAAUGGUUGCUUGUGUAGCUUGAGCUACAAGGAUUGGAGACUUCUAAUAGGAAAGAAAGAGAAAAACACUGAUGAACAAAAAAAUAAAAAGGAUAUACUUAAGCAAGUGAAGGUACGUAGCACUGUGUAA